CUUAUACCACCACCCAGGCAACGCUGUCUGGACGGCCUCAUGGUACCGCCCAUGUACAGGACCGCAUCAAUCAGCUCGAAAACCUAGUCUUGAGUCUCAUGCAACAGACGGCUUCGAGCUCCUAUGGAUCACCGUCGGAAUCGAAUCACCCGGUAGAUCUCCCGCCGAUGCCGCCAGUAAAAGAUCCCCGCCAGGCCACCUCCCCAAGUGCACCUAGCAACUAUUCUGAGCAUCCCGCGGCAGCUAGGACGGAUCAGAUUCAGCGCGAAGUAUCGCCGUCACCAUCCGACUAUGGCAGCAUCAGGAUUCGGGAAUCGGGCGUCAGCUAUGUUAGCAGCGCCCACUGGGCAGCCGUCCUCGACAGUAUCGCCGAAUUGAGGGAUCACUUCGAGGAGGAGGACGAAUCCCAUGCUGUAAACUCUAACCCCAUCCAACUGCAAGCCAACUUUCCCAGUCCCCAGCUCCUCUAUAGCGGCUGCCCCACGCAUGUAACCCCAGCUUCAAUCCUUGAGUCUAUUCCACCCAGACCUGUUGUGGAUAGGUUGGUCUCUCGUUACUUCAACGUCUUGGACAUGACUUCAGGUGUGCCGCACAGUGGCAAGUUUCUACGAGAGUAUGAGGAAUUUUGGAAGUGUCCGCAGGCCGUCCCAAUCACAUGGGUCGGCCUUCUGUUCAGUAUGAUGUGCUUAUCGACACAAUUUCAGCAAUCUUUCCUUGCCCCUGCCAAUACUUUGCUUGUGAGCGGGCACUCUCCACUCGCAUCGCAGGCACUUGAGAGUCAGACGGCGGUAGAUAUGUUCCGAGAGAAGAUUAUACAUUGUCUUAUCUUGGGCCAUUACACCAAUGGCGGCCCUUACGUAUUGGAAACUUUGAUUCUCUAUUUCAUGGUUGAGGUCUUUCCCUCUAAAGAUACCGAAUCUGGUACCCGCCUCCUGGUGGGCAAUAUAGUUCAAAUUGCCAUACAUAUGGGGUAUCAUCGAGACGCCAAGCAUUUUCCCAAUAUCUCUCCGUUUGCGGGCGAGAUGCGAAGGCGUAUCUGGGCGUUGAUCGUUCAGCUGGACUUUACCAUCUCGACGCAGAUGGGGCUGCCCAGGCUCGUCAGGGAGAGCCAGACCGAUGUGGCCGAGCCGCGGAACCUAGCCGAUUCGGACUUUGACGAGUCAACGGUCGAGUUGCCCCCUUCCCGGCCCGAGACUGAGGUGACGCCAACCCUCUACACGCUAGCAAAACUCAGACUGCUUUCCGUCGGGGUCAAGGUUGGCGACCUGGCCACUGAGCCUCGGGCAUACUCUUAUGCCCAUGUUUUAACGCUUGAUAAGCAGAUUGACGAGGCCCGGGAAGCCCUACCAUCUAGCAUGAAGUGGGAGAAUCUUGCUUCCUCGCUCAAUGUACCGUCCCAGGUAAUCAUUCAGAGAAUCUGGCUGGAAGUGAGCGUCCAGCGGCUGAAGAUUGUCUUGCAUAAAAGGUUUUUGGUGGCGUCUCGUCUCCAGCAGCAGUAUGCUUACUCGCGCUCUGCAUGUCUGACGGCUGCUAUGAAAAUUUUGGAGCUUCAACACCUUGUGGACGAGGAAACUCAGCUAGAUGGACGAUUGUACCAAAGCCGCUGGAGGGUAACUUCGUCGUUUAUUCACCCCUUUCUUCUCGCCACCAGUACCUUAUGCUUUUACCUCCAGGUCCACGCUGAGGAGCAGGCCAAAGGACAUGACAGCUUGGGAGACGCCGAAGCGGCCUCGGUGGACAUUGAAAAGAUUAGACAGCUCUUGAGAGCAUCCCAGGUCAUCUGGCUCGGCGAGAGCACUACGUCUAGAGAAGCCAGAAAAGCAGCCGCCGCUCUGCGUUAUGUUCUCGGUGAUUCCGGCGUCGCAUCAGACCCCUUCGCUGUGAACGCCCUACCGGGUGUUUCCCCCGGGCCUGCAGCUGGCCCAUUCUUCCCAGGAUUUGCAGAUUUGAUGCUGGGCUAUGAUUUCCCCAGCUUCGGAUCACAGCCAACAAACGAAGGGCUUCUUGGACAAAGUUUUGCACCAAACUUGAACAAUGAUGUCGAGCCGUGGCCGAGGCAGAACAGCUUGCAACAGAUGAACCUCUCAUAAUUGAUUCAAAAUUACUCCAAUAUAUCUAUAUAUCUCAAAUACAUGCAAACUGUUCCCAGCUCUCGCCGUGUUACUAUCUAUCAUCAU